CUCGUUAUUGGCGUACCGCGAUUAGUACGAGAUAUACAAACGGGCGGGGGGAGAACGCGCAAUACACAGGGGUGCGAGGCUUUCGGGGAUGUGCAACCCCCGGGAGGGCGGAUCAUCAUUGCGCACGAUACAGCUCGUUAUUUCAAACGUUUUCGACUACGUGGUCGGGAAAUAACACUGCGUAUCCGCCAACCUCAAGCUGGCGCAAACGUGACAGCAUGGCUUGAAGGAGCAUUCCGCGAUCUUCUGACGCAUCUCACGAGUCACUGCGAGGGUGGUGACUACGCGGGGAUCUCGUUCUCCGCGAGCUGCUUAGCGCACGGCCCCGUCUGGCUUUCAUUCCGCCCUGUCCGAGCCUAUACAUUUGUAGAUAUCUGGCAAUUAAUAACAAACAUAGCUCAAAGUGCAGCGUCUCUGGAUAUUAAUGAUUCUUUCCAUAUAAAAGUAUGUAUCGUUAAAGGUUUGGAGGGUAGGGGGCGAAAAGGUUUGACACACGAGGGCGUUGCUAAAAAAUCAAUUUUAACGAUUCGAAAUACCGACAAUCUGUGUCUACCGCGCUCGUUAGUAACAGCACGCGCGUACGCGGAAAGGGGUGAGAUACGCUCAGGGGCUCUGCAUUCUAGAUGGCAGCGUAUACGACAGAUUAACGGGUCGCUUCAAAAAGAGGCGGCGCUUGAGCUCACGAGAAACGCAAAUGUUGUUAUACAGCCCGCUGGCUGCGGUAUGCGCGAAAUUGCUAUGUACCAGAAUUAUUUGGCUCGCGAGGGGUUAGCUAUCGUGGUUUUCGAGUUUUUGACUUUGGGGCGACGCGAAAGACCGGUGUUUGACGGUACACAGACGGUUAUGGAUACAGUAGGCUCAGUCCGGCACACGUUAUACAUUCUGUAUUAUGAGCGGUCGCAUCAUUUCCAGCCUAUCUUGAAUCUGCGUGGUGCUGUAGGCAGCUUAAACUUCUGCGCAAUCUGUAACGCCCGUUCUCGUCGGGAUCAUAGAUGUUUAAAAAAGAAAUGCCCUCGCUGCCUUCAAGCACCGCCCUGCGCUCUGGGAGCAGCUGCCGCGAUCAGAUGCGAGACAUGUAACCGCGAUUUUUUUGGGGAACAAUGUUUAGAAAAUCACAGGGCUGUUACCAUCCGUCGUAAACACAGGGUAAACACUGUUUGCGAGUCUCUUCAGCGGUGCCGUAACUGCUUUCGCGCAAUAAGAUCUUUAGAGAAAAAGACGCAUGUGUGCGGGGAGGGUUUCUGUAAAACGUGUAAAUCGCGGCACCCCUAUAAUCGCCUGUGCUAUAUGAGGCCUAUUCGCGUCGAUGAGAGGCCGAAAGAGAACAUAUUCAUAUUCUAUGAUUUUGAAACGCAGCAGUGUACCCCUGUAAAAGGUGAUCCUACAACGCGCGUUCACGAACCGAAUCUUUGCGUGGCUCAACGUGUCUGCACCAAGUGCUGCGAUAAUGUUUCUAUAGACGAGCCGUGCGAGCAUUGCGGGGAUCACGAGUUUAUAUUUAGGACGAAUCCUGUGUGUCAACUUGUGGAGUUAGCCAUACAGAGUAUGCCGAACUUCUCUCACGUAUUUUUAAUAGCCCAUAACGCCGGUGGUUUCGAUGCCCAGUUUAUCCUGCGCUACCUCAUCGAGGAGAAAAAAACGCAGCUCCCAUCUUUAAUAAUGAACGGUACUAAAAUCAUCACAAUGCGCGUUAGCAAAUUCGUGUUUCUCGACAGCUUGAACUACUUUCACAUGCCUCUGAGUGCACUGCCUAAAUCUUUCGGUCUAAAAACUGCUCUCGCCAAAGGAUCUUUUCCGCAUCUGUUCAAUAGGCCCGAGAAUCAAAAUUAUAUUGGGCCGAUGCCGCCUGCAGCCGAUUACUCUCCCGACACUAUGCGCCCGGAGGAACGCGAGCGUUUUUUUGCAUGGUAUAACGAGUUAAAGAAUGCCUCUUAUGUAUUUAACUUUUCAAACGAGCUCAUAACCUAUUGUAAAAACGACGUGUGGUUUUCCGGAAAAUGUUCAAGGACAGCGGACGCGUUUGCCCGUUUAGCGAAAACACAACAAUCGCGUCCGCCUGCUUUCAAAUCUUUCGAAAAAAUUUUUUAAAACCUAACACGAUCGGUAUUAUACCUACGGGCGGUUACAGAUGGGCUCACAAUCAGUCAAAAAAAGCGGUCUCUUGGCUCGUGUGGAUGGAGCAUUCUUUAAAUCGUCGUAUCAUUCACGCAGGACGCUCGCGCGAGUUUAAAUUGCCUCAAAAUUUAUUAGUAGACGGCUACUACGAAACACCUGAUUCAGCCCACGUGUUACAGUUUCACGGUUGCUAUUGGCACGGGUGUUUGAGCUGUUUCACUGUAAACAGAGACCGUGUACAAGGCGACGGUGAUACACUGAACGAGCGUCUCGAGAGAACAAACGCUAUAUCGCAGAGAAUCCGCUCAAGCGGCUACACGUUAACCGAGAUUUGGGAAUGCGCGUAUGACCGGAUGAUAAAAACAGAUUUAGAGAUGAGCGCUUUUGUGAGUGAUCACCCUCUGGUUCGAGCGGAGCCUCUCAAUCCUCGCGAUGCUUUUUUCGGUGGUCGCACGGAAAACAUGGUCACUCUGUACGACGUGAAAGACGGGGAGCAGAUACGAUAUGUUGACGUUUGCUCUUUGUACCCAUACAUCUGCAAGUACGGCAAAUAUCCGGUGGGCCAUCCAACGGUAUACGUCGGCGACGAGUGCAGGGAGCUGACAGGUCCCGAAAAUAAUAUCAGUCUUUCCCGCGUCGAGGGCCUUGUUAAAUGUACAGUGCUUCCACCGCAAAAUCUUUAUCAUCCGGUGCUGCCGGUGCGAAUGCAUCAGCGCCUGUUAUUCGGGUUAUGUCGUAGCUGCUGCGAAACAAUGAACCAGGACGCGUGUCCUCAUGAAGACCCCGCGGAGCGUGUGUUUAGCGGUACUUGGGUAGUGGAUGAAUUGCGAAAAGCUAUUGCGUGCGGGUAUAAAAUAUUAACCGUGAGCGAGAUUUGGCAGUAUAAUAUAACGCAGUACAACCGCGAUACACAAAAGGGGGGCCUUUUCACCGGGUACAUAAACACUUUUCUUAAAAUCAAACAAGAGGCUAGCGGUUGGCCCGAGGGUUAUGCAGAUGACGAGGCUGCCCAAGAGCGUUAUAUAACUGCUUUUAAGACAGCCGAAGGGGUUCAGCUGGAGCGGGGUGCGGUAGCGAAAAACCCGGGGCUGCGCUCGGUAGCCAAACUUUGUCUUAACUCCUUUUGGGGUAAAUUUGGACAACGCGAAAAUUUACCGCAAACAGAAAUAGUAUCGACACGCGAAAAACUUAUGGAGCUGCUAAAUAGCCCCGAGCACGAGAUCACUGGUAUGCUACCUGUUAACAACCAGGUGCUGUAUGUUAAUUAUACGAAAACCAGUGAUGCUGUAAUACCGUCUAAUAUAGCAAAUACUGUCAUAGCUGCAUACACCACAGCCCAAGCCCGUUUAAAACUUUACACCUAUGUCGAACCGCUGGGUAAGCGUGCUCUGUACUGCGACACCGAUUCCGUUAUUUAUGUCACGAGAAAAGAGCCUGGAGAGUAUGAACCGCCAACGGGUCAAUUGCUAGGGGAUUUAACCGACGAGCUAAGCUCCUACGGCGAGGGCAGUUACAUUAAGUCUUUCAUCUCAGGCGGCCCUAAAUUUUAUUCUUUCAUAGUUAAUACGCCGAGCGGCGCGGAAAGCGAGGUUUGCAAGGUUAAAGGCAUAACGCUGAAUUACGCAAACAGUUCGCUGAUAAAUUACGAAUCAAUACGGUCAUUUAUAAUAGGUGAGAGAGAGAAUCCUGUUGUACUACAGUUUGAUUCAAUACGUCGUACACCAUUCCACCAGGUUGUCACACGACCCGAAAAGAAAUCGUGCAUGCCUCUGAGCGUCAAGCGAAGACGUGAUGGCGAAUACGGUUCGCUCCCUUACGGUUACAAAUAGCCGUUUAUAAAAACUCUCGCUUUAAACAUUGUUAAGCAGUAUUGUAAAAUACCUAUGUUAUUACUGUAAAAUAUUUAUACUGUUACAGGAAAAUAAAAGCUCUAUACAUGUUUCAA